AUGUCGUCUCAACCCUCAGAAGAACUAGCACAAAUCACAGAUAUGCUGCUUGCUGCAGGCUAUUUCAGAGCAAGAAUUUCAAACAUUUCACCUUUUGACAAAGUAAAUUUCACCUAGAUUUUGGGAGGAAUGGCAUGGUGCAUUACCCUGGCAAAUGAAGAUAUUUCUUUUGAAUUUUCAGAUGAACUUAACAUGGGUAAAAAAAUGUAAUGACUAUUCAGUGCGCUGAGCGAAAGUAUUGUUAAAGCCUUAAAAAACAUGGGCUCUCCUUACAUCAUUCAGCCUCAUCAAAUUCAAGGCUUAGAUUAUGCUCAUCUCUACCCUGUUAUUCAGUGGCUAGUUAAAGCAGUUCUCAGUUCUCAACAACAGCAAGCAGGUCUGACUAAAAAACAAGCUUCUUUGGUAUACUAUAAAUUUGCAGGAGAACAAAAACAAGCAGAUUCAUUGGAGGAUGGCGAGAAGCCAGAGCCGCCUAAAAGACAAUUUAAGACCCUUUCAACGAAAAAAUUGAACGACCCUGUUCGUGUUUAUUCUGCUCUUAUGGAAUUCGGAGAUAUUACUGCAAGCAAAAGUUAUGAAAACUUCUUAAAAAAUUAUAGCGAAACCACGAAUAAAUCCUCAACAGUAUCUGGAUCUGAAGCACUUUUUGAGCUAGGAGGAGAAGGGACAGUGAAUCCUCUAUUAGAAAUGGGUGCUGAGCAGAUAGCGCCAAGAACCUCUUUAUUGGCUACUUUUGGGCAGAACUUUGCUAAAAUGGUGAAAAAUGAAGAUAUAUCACUUUUCCUUGAAUAGCCCGAUAACGGGCUGGUUUCAUCCCGUUAUCGGGCUAUUCAAGGGAAAGAGCUAUAUCAGCAAUGCUAGAAACGAGUAUUUAGAGUCGAAAAAAGAAGAAGACCCUGAAAUUUUACAGAGAAGACUUGAAAAAGAGAGAAUUGAAAGGCUUAUUCAGACACUUACCAAACAAAUUGAAGCUAAACAAGAAGCCAAAAUAACUCUGGAGCAGGCGAAUAAAGAAAUAAAAGAACAGCUUGAAAACUUGUCUGUGGAGGAAGCUGAAAUUAAAAAUUUGAAAGAAAAAUUGGAAAUUUCUAUUAAAAACGUUGAAGAAAACGCUUCAGAAUCCAAAGAAGCCUUGCAAGUUGAUGUUGUAAAAAGUGUUGAAGUGCUUGUGGAAAGAAGAAAUGAGCUGAGAGAAAAACAAAGAAACGUAAAAAAUAUGUAGCUUAAAGAAAAAUGCAGCAAAGAAAUAGAAGAAUUGAAUAAGAAAAAUGAAAUUAAUAUUGAAUCAGAAAUCAAAGAGUGGUUUGAAAAAAUCGAAAAGUCUUAUGAAGAGACUUCAAAAAAAUACGAAAAAGCUAGCAAUAUUUUAGCUGAAAAAAACCAAGAAGUCGCGAUUUUGCAAAGAAGAUUGGAAAAUACGCCCUCACAGACAGAGUUAACGCAGUAUCAAAGAAGAUUUGUGGAACUUUAUGAGCAGAUUAACUUGAAGGUUGAAGAAAAUAGAAAGUUUUUUACGAGCUAUAAUUCUUUGCUGGAAAUUAUGCUAAAUUGAACUGAAUUAAGCAGCUAUUUUUAUGAUUUAAACUUAAUUUAUAUAAAAAAUCAGGCAAUAGCAUUAUACAAGGUUUUGAAAAAAAUAGAAAAUUUAUCUUCGAGAGUAUAAAGAUUUACUUUCUUCAGAAGUUCAGAUGCUUGACUCAUUCCAAAAAGGAUUCAAAGACGCUAAAAAGAAAUCUGAAAAAGAUGAAUUUGCUGAAAAUGUCAAAGAGGCCACUCUUCAAGUAAAACAAAAAGCUAAAAAAGCAGAAGAUAAAGGCAGAUCUGUUCAAGAAGAUCUCAAACAAAUGGAAAGGAAACUUAAGCAAAUUGAAGAGGAGGAGAUUGCUUAUUACCAAAUGGUUAAACAGUUCCAAGAUCUAAUAGGCUAA